CAGGGAGACCAAGUGUCAUACGGAAUUUCUUUCCAGAAGAGCCAACUGAAAUUAGGGAAUGAGAUGUGAGCCAUACAUGUACAUGGGAGAGCUACCGCGAUCUUUCGCCAUUGUGUAGGUUGCUCGAUGCUUGCUGGAUCUUGCGUGACCGCGACCACCUGGGUAUGCUCACUCACCAAAGUUUCAAACUGUACAGUUACACCGGAACUUUCCGGACGGACACACUGUCGUCUAUUCGUACCUCUACGCCAGUAUGAUGCCACGCCUCCUGCAGUGUGCACUCCUCAUGCCUGCGUCCAGCCUCGCAAGCUGCGCUGCUGGCCGCAUACGUGGGCUGUGGAGACAAACGAAAUCGUGAAAGACGAAUAUCUGACCCCCAGAAAAGGGUUUCAGAAUGGUCUUCCUCAAAUCCUAACUCAGCGACACAGUCAUAUUGUCAUAUAUACCCUGUGGCUUAUGUCCUUUUUGACAGUGUGUUGUUAUAUUCACCGACGUACGAAUAUGAUACCAUGGUUGUAAGCGUCAUGUUUUAUUUGGUAGUUCGCACUUGUUGGAGUUGUCUCUCACAGUCGAGAUACACUAGUGACAGAUCCUUAGGGCAGCGCCAGCUAUAUAUACAAGGCCACGCUAUGUAGCAGUGAUUCAUAACGAUGGUUCUGCUUGGCACAUCCAGUUAUAAUCGAUCCAUCCCGAAAUUACGUGCAGCG